UAUAUGCGGUUACUAGGCAACAGGUGAGCGUUGAUCGGCUGACCAGCGGACCCGGUGUGCUCCUGAUCGAUUAACCUGCCCCCUCUCUCACCUCUACGCGGAGCUUCGUCCCGGAUGGCCGGGGCGCUCACGGACCCGACCUGGGCUCCGGUGGCCUUCGGGCGGCGGGCCGUGCCGCAGCUGUUCGGGGAGCUGCAGCGGGCCGGGGCUGCGGCGAGGCUCCGGGCUCUGACGUCACUCUGCGACCUGGUGCACGAGCCGGAGCGACUGUACCAGGCUGUUACCGGAGGUUUUCUGAAGCAGCUGAAGGUUUUGUUCAGGGAUGAAGAUCCAUCAGUCAGAGCAAAAACCUGUGAGCUUCUUCACCUGCUGACCUGACACAGCAUCGGCAGGCAGGCCGUCCUCGCCUCCUCCCUGCUCCCUCCUCUCUGUCAGCUGUUGGACGACUCCUCGUUCUCCUGCAGGAGGAACGUCCACCGAGUGCUGAGCCGCCUCGCUCUGCUGCCUGCAGGAGCAGAGGCUCUCCUCUCUCUGGUGUCUAAACUGAUGCUGAAACUCACAAAGGAGGAAGAUGAGGAGGUGCAGUUGCUGCUCCUCUCCACCCUCACCCACUGCUCCAGGCUGGACGCCCUGCCGGGGUUGGCCUCCGAUGGCGUCUCGCUGCUGGGACGCAAACUGUCCCACCGAUCCUUGAUCAUCCGCCGAGAGGCGGCCGCAGCAAUGAUGGCACUCAGCGUUCCCAUGGACGGGAAGCGACAGGUCUGCGAGGAUGCCGAGGUCCUUCCUGUCCUCGUCGGUCUUCUACGGGACAAAGACGUGGAGGUUCAAGCCAACGCUGCAGGAGUCAUCAUGAACACCGUCAUCAUCACCACAGGUAAGCAGCGGUGCCUGGACCUGGACGUCCUCCCCGUCCUCCUCGGCCUGCUGUCUGAGAAGCACGGGGACGAUGACGAGGAGGAGAUGAAGAAGAGGAGGAAGGCCCUCAUCAUGUACGUCCUUCGUGCGCUCACCUCAUUGGCUGAGGCUCCUAACGGCCGCCGCCUCCUCCUGGAGCAGCUCCCCCUGCUGGAGAAGAAGGCUGAGGCUGCGGACCAGGACAUCCGGCGGGCCACUCAGACCGCCAUCCAGGUCAUCACCUGGACUCCAUGACCUCUGACCUCCAGAGGUCUCAUGGAGUAAGAAAAUAAAAAAGCAAAACUCAUCACACAUUUUCUGAUGUCAUUGUUAAACAUCACAUGACCAGCCCAAUCAAAUCUGGGUGCAUCAUGGGAUAUUUCUAUAAAUGUGUUAUAAGAGUACGUUGUUUACUUUAACUGCUGAGGACAUUUACUCUAAAGUGUUCUGCUCAUGAAUGCCAGCAUGUGUUCACUGUGUUUUCUGACUGAAGAGCUUAAACCUGCAUUUGUUCUAAUGUCCAGCAGGGGGCGACACCUCCGGCUGAGUAAAGAAGUCUGACG